UAUAUAUUAAUAAUUUGACCAAAUAAAUAUUAAGGAUAAAAAUAAAUAUUUUUGGUAAUUAAGCCUAAAAAUGUAAGCAUUUCCUUAAUAUUUAUUUCGCAAAUCCUCAAUUGUUUCUUUAAUUAUUAUCUAAACUCCUAUUUUCUUCUAUUUAAGAUCAACCCAAUGUGAUAUAUAGGGUUUUUUUCGCUUACUUACAAGUUACCUUCGCAUUCCUAUCAUCGUCUGCUUCUCUCUUCUCCUGGCUCCUCGCGCAGAAUCCUCGCUUCCUAAAAUCUCAAGAUAGAAUAUCCUUUUCAUCUCCAAGAAACUAAACUAGAGGUAAAUGGAAUCUGAUCUUCCCUCAAACGCUGUUGUAUCUUGAGUGAGUCUAUAAAGAUUAUCCGUGUGUUUUCAGAGUGAUUAGAAAAGAUGAGUACACGAAGACGCCCUGCAGCGCCGAUAUCAUCGUCAAGUGGUAUGACCGAAGACACGAAGAAGAUCCUAGGUUUUAUACGUAGCAAGCAAGGCAUUGGUGCAACUAAAUACGAGAUUACAGCAGGGACAAGCAUCCAACAAGCCCUCGUAACAAAAGCCACCACUUCUCUCAAGAAGAGCAAACUCAUCAAAGAAGUUUCAAACAAAGGGGGCAAACACUUUCUUGCAAUGGAGUUCGAGCCUUGUAAGGAGCUACAAGGUGGGCAUUGGUACGUCGAUGGAGCUCUUGACGUUUCCAUGAUCGAAGGUCUCAAGGAGUUUUGUGUCAAGAGAAUUGAGCAGCUCAAGAACGAGGUUGUUACACUUGAUGUUAUAUAUUUGUGUUUUAAAAAGGACACGUUGACUAGAGAGCAGAUUAAGGAGAUACUCGAUAACUUGGUUUUGGAUAACGUUAUCAUGGCGGUGAAGAGCAAUGGGUCGAGUGAGCAUUCCGCUUUGAGAAUCGGUGAAGUUUGCUAUAAACUGAUCGGUAAAAAAUCAGGUGGUGGUGAAGCUAGAGAUGGAGCUUUUGCUUCUAUACCUUGUGGGGCUUGUCCACAUAUAGGGCUUUGUACACCUGAUGGGGCUAUCUCUCCAACAACAUGUGUUUAUUAUCAGAAGUGGUUAGACUUUUAGCUUCUUUUUUGGUUUUAAGUUUGAAUUUGGACAUAAGAUGUAAUAAUACUUCAAGGUGUUUUGACAGAACUAAAACAAGAAAACAUGAAUGGAGGAUUAUGAUCUUCUAUAUGGUUUAGUUAUCUUGUAUUAAUGUUGUACAUUCACUGCAAAACAUGUAAUAAUCAGGAUCAACAUUCAUUGUAAAACCAACCUAGUUUAGAAGAAAUAAUGAAAAAUGGAUGCCUCCAUUCAACAACCUUGUUAGCGUUUAGGAAUGUUUAUCUUGGAUACCGUAUCUAUUGAUUAUGAUUAAUGACAAUUUAGGAAGGAAUAGUGUUUAGGAAUAUGAUGACUAUGUAUUCCUGUCUGCAUCUUGGCAUUGCCCCAUCUCUUUUAUAUUAUCAAAUAUGGUACCUUUGUUUUGUAGAUGUUGAGAGUCAUUCUAGAUAGAUGUUUAUAUAGAUAACCAUGAGCACCAAGUACACCAUAUUUAUUGUGUCAUCCAUCAGGCCAGCAUCAGAGGAUAUGCCUUCGUUAAACACUUUUUAAGUAGCCCCCCACCCAAAAAAGAAACAAAUGGGUCGAAUCUGCUUCGGGUAAUUAACAUUAAUGGACCAAAAUAGUAACACAAGGCCGGCCCAAAUGUAACAGAUAUUGUUACGAGCUUAGAGUGUAGCUCAGAACCCUCAAAUUUAUAGUUAGGGCAAAAAGUAAGGUCCUACCGGGAGUCGAACCCAGGUUGCUGGAUUCAAAGUCCAGAGUGCUAACCACUACACCAUAGAACCGGAUGGUCUUUCCAUCAACAAAUACAAAGUUAGUAAUGUUAUACAAAGCUUUUGUGCAAAAAAAGAAACAUGCAUAUUCUUCAGUUUCCAGCUUUGUAAAUAAUAUGUAGCCAUUGUAGUAGGCUAAUUAUCUAGGAGAAGAUGGGAGACUGACGGUUGAAAAAGACGGUAUUUUCCCUCUAUAUAUAUCUGCUAAAUAAGGAUUUCUAUGAAUUAGAAUAUGUCAUUGUUUAUUUUAGUAACUAAGAGUGUCCGGCGGACCGAACCUAACCAAUUAAUCAUAUAGGGCAUGUUCACCGGUGACAGAUAGAUCUGGUUGCUCGUAAUAAAAACUAUAUAAUUAUGUUGCAUAACACAUAUGUUUAAUAUUGUGAGAUUGAUUCAAACCCGGAUCGUUUAUCUCACUAUAAUUCGCCUACCACUAGACCAUUCAUGUAUGGUUAACACCGAAAGAUAGUCUCUUUCAUCAAAAGAGGGCUGCAUAACUUACAUCACUGAAUAAAUACAAUGUCUCGGUUUUUGAUAAAAGAGGGAUGCAUAACGUGCGUGAACCACCAAGGAAAAAAAAAACAAUUUUUCUGUUUCUUUUUGUAAAUAUAUAUUCAAUAUAAGUAUGUCUAAACAUAUAUGUAUAAGUUUGUGCAUGGCCUAGUACAUUCCAUUGGUUUGUUACUUCUUACUUACAAUCAAAACCGAUAUUAUUAAAAUGUAUAUAUUUUCUUAUAUAAAUCUGAGCAGAUAAUCUUAAUGAUAUAAUUUGUUUAACUAAAAACCCAAAAUGUUUAAAUAUUUGGAAAAGAGGGAAAAUGUUGGUGCACCAAAAGAAAACUGGCCAACUGUACUAAAGCCAAAUGAAGGAGCCUUACUUAAACGUUUUGCCUAACAGUGGAUGGAGAUAAUCUUCAUAUAUAAAUUCAUAUUUUCGAGUAUAAUCAAUUUUUUCAUAUAUAUGCAUAAAAUACGCACUCUCACAUUCAUAAUACAAAUAAACAAGUUGCCAAGUGUUCUAUCAGAUUUUAGGGAAGACCAACAUUAUUGUUUUAGUUAGUGUGUUAGAAAAAAAAGAAAUGAGAAACAAUUUUUUUUGGAAAAGUGAAAGAAAAAGAGACAAAAAAAACACAAAAGUAUUGAUAUUAUCAUGUUCUUCUUUUAUAUGGGAGUGGAAGCAUCACUCAUAUAUUGUCCAAUAAAGCCUUCAAUAAUUAGAGAUAUCAUUCUACACGAAAGAAAAAAAUAAAAAAUUUGGUACGUUACACGCAAACCUUAUCUCCCUUAAAAAAAUUAAAACGUUUUUCUAACACCAAAACUUUUCUUUCUAAAUUUGAUAAUUAAUUGCUAGGGAAAUAAAAUCUUAUAGGGUGCAGAUUCCAACUUAGUUUUGAUCUUAUUGGAAAAUUGAUCUAUUUUUAUUAAUCCUAUACGAUAUCUGCAUUCUUGUUAUAUUUAACGCUGGGUUUACAUUAUUCAAGAGUGGAAAAUAGAGAAAUUACACAUUCAGAUUCAUAUAUUUAUAAAUCAAACUAAAAACAUGAACUAAACAUCAAAAAGAAAUUAAUUUUCACCAAAAAAAAAAGCAAAUUCAUAGAUGUGAAAUUUAGGUUAUCUAUUUCUUACAGAUGUGAUAUAUAUUAUCUAAGGC